UUUCCCUCCCUGAGAAAGAGAAGGAGGUAGACGGCAACUGUAGACUCAGGAAUCCAAUUCAGGUCUGGUGUGUUCAGGAGAACAACAGAGAGGACCAAACAACUUUCAAAGGGAUUAUCUGACAGAUCUCACUGUCAGUGCAGAUGCAGCUCACCACCUAGAUAGAUGUUCUGCAGGUGGUUGCUCCUCACUCAAGCUUGCAUGCUCAUGGAGAAAUCUGAGAGAAAAAUGCUCGGCACACUUCUCUAACAUGGUGUCGACCCAAAUUGAACGAGACGAGGACAGAGCGGACUUUUCUUUGGCAGAUGCAUCUCCGAGCAGAGCCAGGUAUAUUCUUCUAAAUACCAGUCAUGAUAUCGGUCCGCGCUGCCUGAAACUGUUAUCGUUUGUAACUCUCUGUUUAUAAUUACCACUGCCACUCUUCUUGUAAUAUACUUUAGGAGAGCUCAUGUGGAUGUGAGUUUUGCUCUCAAGUAGGUGAAUGUGUAGAGUCAUCUGAAAGCCAUAGAGCGACUACUAAACCGCUUCAAGCCAUGCUCCCUUUUGUGGUGCUUUGCUGUGCGUGAACACACAUGUUGAGUUUGAAAGUCCAACUUAAAAUAAAAUAUGAGGAGCAGGAGGAGACUGACAUUCUACCUUGUGGACUCUGACUGAAGCACAAGGAGCAGAAUCGGGCUUCCAUAAAUCCAACAAGAGGAGGUAGUGGACAAGAAAAAGUUGGCCAGGUAGGCCAGUCCAGAAACACCCUAGGGGGUCAGAUAAAAGACAGCAACCUCCACUCAGCGGGGGGCAAUCGCCAAAGAGAGGCAGAGAACAGGGGACAUUCCCUUUCUCUCUCUCGACCCUACCCACCAUCAGGCUGGCCGGCUCAGCCAUGGCGUUCACCUUUGCGGCCUUCUGCUACAUGCUCACCCUGGUUCUGUGUGCCGCCCUCAUCUUCUUCGUCAUUUGGCAGAUCAUUGCAUUCGAUGAGCUCCGGACAGAUUUCAAGAACCCCAUCGAUCAGAGCAAUCCCACCAGAGCGAGAGAAAGGAUUCUCAACAUUGAGCGAAUCUGCAACCUUCUCCGCAGACUGGUGGUCCCGGAGUACUCCAUCCAUGGACUCUUCUGUCUGAUGUUCAUGUGUGCUGGAGAGUGGGUCACGCUUGGUCUCAAUAUCCCUUUGCUCUUCUACCAUCUGUGGAGGUUUUUCCACCGGCCAGCUGAUGGGUCAGAGGUCAUGUAUGAUCCUGUCAGUGUGAUGAAUGCAGACAUUCUAAACUAUUGCCAAAAGGAGUCCUGGUGUAAACUUGGAUUUUACCUGCUGUCUUUCUUCUACUAUCUCUACAGUAUGGUGUAUGCCUUGGUGAGCUUCUAACACAGCAGGAGGAAAGGCUCACAGAAGAAGACAUCAGCUCUCCCUGCCUCCUUGUAUCCAUCCCAUCACUGGCUUGUAUUCACAGCAGUCGGAACCAACAAGACCAAUGUGAGCGAUGAUGUGAAUGUAAAGGUGUUUGGUCACUGCUCCGUCUCAGUCAUCGAGGGUCUAAAAUCUGAGACACCGAAGUUCUUUGUGUUGCCUUUAAUCCAUGAUAUUAUUUAUGAAUAUCUCUGAAGGGCUGGACUCACCCAUCGCUGCUCUUAUUGAUCCAGUCUGGCCACUCACUGUGAAUCUCCAAACACUUUUGGGGCAGGAAAAACUGAGUUGAAUAGAAAUCUGUUGAAUUUGUAUUCUAACAAUAAAGUGUUAUUAUAGCAUGCUCUUUAGAGAGCGUGACAAAUGUUUCGCACACCAAUACGAGCACUUAUGCCACAGAUCGCAUGUAUAAAUGGGCUAACAAAGUGGCCUGGAUAGAUGUCCCACCUUUCAUCAAGCUAAAGUCAUUGACUGAGGGUUCUCCACACUGGUUCAAUGACAGGAUGAGGAAUUAAUUCAUGCACACCGUCUUUGGUCAGGCAGCUGUGUCGUACAUGGAUUACAUGGUAAAAGUACACGCCAUGCUCAGUCUUGCCUCCUGAAUAAAGUGGAUGCUGUUGAAAGCACCGGUGGACACGAUCCUUGCUGUGCUUUCAGCUGCAGCCAGGUGGGAGGGAGAUGUUUUUGAGUAGGCUGAUAAGAGCAUCUUUCAAACUGACGGUGCGUGCCUCCAGAAAAACUACCGCCUUACCUUCUCGCCGCAGUUUGACUGUUCCAACAAGAGGCUAAAAUCAACUGAGAAGCACUCAAAGCUGAUCCAUGAAUUGACAGCGGCGGGUCAUGUGAGCUUUUCCCAUCUUCAGUUAGUUCGGCCUUGUUGAACUUUCAGUUUCAGGCAGUUACAAACCCUUACUAAAAUGUAAUUGAAUCAGUUGAAUAUUAUUUCUAUGCGUUUCCUCCUCUCUGUACUUGGCACCAAAACAAUUUAUCUUCAAGAUACAAUGUAAAUUAAAAUGCUACGUGAUUUUUAGCAAGCAACAAACAACUGUCCACCAGUCACGUGGCGGCAGAUGGCAGUUGUCGCUGAGCCAGAAUCAAUCUGGAAGUAAGGGACAACCCUGACAUCCAUCAGUCACAGUCUGCUCACUCGACCGCCUGAGAUGGUUCGGCCCAAAAUUGAUUUUCCACGUCUUUGGGGACUGUAUCGAAGCUCACUCACAUCAUCUUUGCCCAACCAAAAGCCAAGCCGGAAGGCAUUUGCAGGGGCAAACAGGGAGUGCGUCCCUUUUCUUCCCUCUGACUUCUGCGCUCCAUGUUGGUGAUCUGUGGGCAUUUAAAAACGUCUGUAGUUAUAAGGACCUAUCUGUGCUACUUUCAUGCUUGAAAAUACAACACAUGAAGUCUGAAAAGCAAUGUGCCAAAAAUAUGUAACUCAGAUGAAUGGAAGACAUAUUCUGUGUUAAACAAUAGUCUUUUUUUCUUUUUUAACCAAACUAUGUACUUCGUAACAUUAUUCCUGUUUCCAAGUGAUGUUCAUCAGCUUUUUUACACACAUUCAGUGAGGCAUAUUUAUUCUAUUGGAGUCAAUGACUUUGUGUAGAAAAGCAAUUCAAGUCACACAAGCAAUGUGGAAGGUUUUUCCUGUGGUAAACUAUCAGAACCCACAGGCUUGGCUUCUCACCGAGGUCUCUGUGUUCACUAGUUUGAUCCAUUUGUGGUAAAUAAUUAUUAUCGGCAAUGGAAGGAAAAUGUUAGUUUAGUUUAGUUAGUUUUAAUGAAUGCUCUUGUUACAUAACGCUUCGGAACAAACUGCAGCCUUUUGAAGUGCAUCACAGACAAGUAGGUCGCUGUAUAGUCAUAUAAACUGUGGCGCCAUCAACUCUGUACUGAUGGAUAUUUUUUGAUACGACAGGGAAUUUUAUUUUCGCUAGUUGUUUAAAGAAGUAAGCAUCCAUUCAUCCGUUUUCUUUCACCCCACACACCAGCUAUCAUUGACCCGCUCGACAGAUUUUUAAACAUCAGUGGAGAUUUAUUUGAAAAGUCUUGAAUAAAAUAAAGUCCAUAUUCAUUCACGCUAUCUUUUUUUUUUUUAUCUGGUCAUGUUGCCUGUGAGGGUCACAUUGAUACUCACCACCCAGUUUGGAUCUGAAAUGAUCUCUCGAGAAUUGACUCAUAGAUGUUGAAAAAUUAAGCAUAUAAAAUAAGUUAUACAUGGAAUAUUUUGAAUCCGGUUACAUACAUCCGGUUACAUUGCUUUUGAAUUAUAAACACCCAGUUUGUGCUAAUGUAGCUAAGCUACCAAUCACACGCGUUAAUAAUCCUGCAUCCUUCAUCAUCACUCCUUUCCCAGUGGUGGACAGUGGGAUCUAUAGAAACCUCGGGAUCAACCAUUUCCGGACCUCUGCAUAUGGACUGUUAUUCAUACAGACUGCUAUUUAAAAAGGGAUCACGUUUCAUCAACCCAGAACACACGAAUCUCUCUGCAUAUUGUGUUCUUGGUAGGGAUGUCCCGAUAUCACUUUUUUGCUGAGCGAGUACGAGUACUGACAUUUGACUACUUGCAGAUAUUGAAUACUGAGUAGUACUUAAUAAUACUAAUUUAAAUACCGUAAUUUCGAGACUAUAGAGCGCACCGGAAUAUUAGCCACACCCACUAUCUUGUUCAUACGUAAGCCGCACCGGUCUAUAAGCCGCAGGUUCAGUGGUGCUGUCUGCACUGUAGACAGGUCAGUGGUGCACUCAGCAUCAAAACUAGUUUUGAAAACAGGGUCCAGCAUCCAGAGUGAGGAAAUAGCGGAAACAAGCUGUGUAAAUACGGAGUGUCUUGAUUUUUCCACGCUGCUCUCACUAUAGACAAGGUGCAGCUCUCCAGCCGGGAUCAAGUCAGUGGUCAAAACCCGACUUGCUUGUGUUCAUGUCGGACUUUUGAGCCGAAAGCGCUUCAUCUUGAGACAGCGUCUCACAUCUUUUAUUCGCAUUAAAUAACUCAAAAUGCGCUGUUUUCGCCCGCAUGCCCAAAGUUCCGACAGCACUGCCGGUAUCAGCGGCUGCUUCUCGAUACCCGACCUUUAGGAGAUCGGCUCUGCUGCCGGAGCUGUGGACAUAUGGGUGAAAACAGCGCAUUUUGAGUGCUUUAUGGGUAAAUCCAAUUUCAUAGAUUUCAUUGCUUCUGAGUUCAUCUGAUUUCAGCCUGUAAAAAUCCAUAUAUCAGCCGCGCAGUUGUACAAGCCUCAGGGUUCAGACCGCGGCUUAUAGUCCGGAAAUUACGGCAAUAAUAAAAGAAUGAACGAACAUGACACAACUGCCACUUUAACAUUUCAAGUUUAGCCUGGGUAGUCUGUGCAUGUGCUGCAGUACAAUAUAGAAGAUCCUGGUACUGCCAACUGGUUUAUGUACACAGUGUUCCCUCGCUUAUCAGAGGGGUGAUGUUCCGGGAACACGCGCGACAGUUGAAGCGCCAUAGUGAAGAGAAGUAUUGUAGAAGCAGCCUAAUGAAAUCUCAGGAUAGCGCGGGUUUGUGCAGAUCAUCAGAUCAAAUCAGAGUCUCUGUAACUACUAAUGUCAUUAUCGAAGGCUUAAAACUACAAUCAUGACAAAAUCCUCGAGUGUCAGAGCCAUUUCUCUUGCAGCAGCUGAUCAAAGUCUCAUCGGUGCAGAUGCAUGGGUGGGUGAACUGUUGAGUUUCUCCUGCUAAAAGUACAAUUCAAACUACGAUCAUGAGCUGUUUUGUCACACAGCAUGGAGUCGCAGUCCAUGUUGUUAGAGUUUUAUUGUGACAAUUUCCAAGGUUCACGUCAGUUUUCACGACUUAUUUCGUGUCUGAAUAAACCUCAGCGGCACGGAGCUCCGUAAAAAAUAGAACGGUCUGCGGACCUCUGCCCGGCGACAGUCAUCGGUGCGCAUCGGGGAGUAUUUACCUACCUACCUGCGAUGGGUAAAAACCUGCAAUGCACUGAAUCUUCAGAAUAUAGCGAGAUAACACUGCAGUAGUAGGUAUUCAGGGCUGUCAUGAGUGAGUAUUGGACCAGUACAAGUACGAAGAACGAGCAAAAUAGCCAAGUAUUGGUGCGAGUGCCAAUACUGGAAUCGAUAUCGGGACAUCCCUAGUUCUUGGAGAGUAUGGGGCUGAUUUACUAAGAUCCCAGUUUGUACUCUUUUAUAUCCUACUGCACACGUAUCUCAGAACUGCUUGUGUGGAACAUGUGCACAAUGUUGGGGAUGUGACUGUUUCAAUUGGUUAGGUGACACGUGGAAAAUGAUACAGGACUUGAUUUAAGCCACAACAGCAUUUAGAACCUGGGACAGCGCUCUUGAAAAAUACGCAACAGCACUUUUACUUUUAAAUGUCAAGCAAAGUUGUUAUUAGGCUUGAUGGAUCAGAUUAUUUAUGAUGAAUAAAUUAGUUUUUUCCAGAAAGUGAGUGUUCACUGCAGCCGGCGAAGGCACGCUCACUUGAAAAAGAAGUUAUUCUGCACUUUCUGACUUCGCUCCUGUUUAAAUACACGCAUAACUUUAGCAGAUCAGCCCCUGCACCUGUACAUCAGCCUUCUGUUGAGAAGGCGGAAUCAUUGAUGUGUCACUUUGGUCUCACUGGUGGAGUCUGGGAGGAAACAGCAAUAUUUACUUGAAUAGUUUGUCAGUGUUCUUUAAUUGUGUGAAGCUGGCGGCAGGAAAUACAACAGGCUGUUCAUGCUGUGCCAAAUGAAAGAAGUUCCCAUCCCAGGACUCACAACUCCACCAACAAUGCGAGAGUGUGCAGAUCGGACAAUCAUUCUCCGAGUGAGGAGAUGGAGGCAAAACCAAGACUCCCUGAUGAAUGUCACUGUAUAGAUGCUCAGAACAAAGCAUUUUAGAUAGACAUGUAUUCAGUGAAUCUAUUUGGAUCUGUCUUUUUUUAUAUUUAGGAUAACUGUAAACUAUUGUUCUGUUCGGUGGAUUACUUUUUAUUGACUACAUAAUUAUGAGCACUUCAUAACCAACUUGUGUAUUCCAAUAAAACAUUAUCGCAUCA